AGUUGGGCAGUUGUCUGUGUGAAGUGGACGAGGCCAGAAGGAGGUAGCGGGCCUCUCCUUCCCUCCACAUCGACUCAGCCAGCGCCACCACUGGUGACUUCAGCCACCAGGACAACCGUCUGUCCAGCCAAGCCUCAAUCACUCCUCCACCAAGGAAGGUGAAAGUCACACUCUCGUAUGGACAAGUCCCUCGUGUACCUUCGCAGCGAGCAACCAUAAACAGUGCCACACUCCUAACCUGCUGCUGCUGCUGCUGCUGUUGCUCACCAUCGCCGCCGCCGCAGACUCUUGGAGACUCAGUCUAACGCCACACUCCAGGCUGUGAGGGCGGGCAUCCCGUGCCCUCCCUAGCAUCGCGGUCACUCGGGCCAUAACAGGUGCAGCGUCGGGACAGAAUAGACGCAGGUCGUUAGUGACUUGACUCCGCCGUCAGCGUCGCCGCCGAGAGUACACGAAUACAAGGAGUUGCUUGCCCGCGUGGUGCUGCGUGUUGUGAAGGAUCCUGCAGUGCCGCUUGGGUGCUCCCUGUGAAUGAAGUGACGUUGGUGUGUCGGCUGUGAAUGAACAUCGCGCACGAGGACACGACACGGCCCGCUGACUCUGUGCUCCUGCAGCCUCACGCCCCUUACCUCCCCGCACGGUUGUGGGUGUCGGCCGACAAACGACAACUUGGACGGACGCCAGCCUGCCAGCCUGCCAGCACCGCCUGCCAGACCAUCGCUGCUAAACCGUCAACCUGUCCUGCCCCGCCCCGCAACCCACGACGCUCGGGAGGCGAAACAGACCGCAGAAACAAACAACGCCUUCAGGAACCGCAGAAACAAGUGGGAACGCUAACCAGUCCGAGGAACAAGACGUAAAGAACACAACCCCGCGAUAGGUGAAGUUUUAGCCUCGUGUUCACGACCGUAGAAAGUGAACGACUGACUUUAACAGAUUAAUAAGUCGCAGCGGACCAUAUAAAGCGAGUAGUAGGCGAUUAGUCCACGCCCAGAGAAGAAGCGGACCACUUGGAGCCCCCCGGGACACUCUCAUAAAGGAAGAAGCGGAACGAAGCGACCUUGAGGCUGCCAAACGUGCCGUGUCAAGGGAGCCGUGCCAAGAAAACCCGCAGACUUGGGGGAACCCGCCGUGUCACCCUCCUACACAGUUGUUGCCGGAGAGGUCGUCAAACUGAGGCGGGCGGUCGUAAACUCAUUGAAAGGUGCCGAGAAUCUCCUCCCUGAACGACCAGCCCACCCGACUCGACGACCUGAUUGUAGAGGCGGGACAGAGGCAGGAUCAUCAGCGCGUGGGGCGGCGGUUCCCUCCCAGCAGGACCUCUGGGUGAUGUAGCCCGCCAUCCACGUCCCGCUGCGCCCGCCAUCCGCCGACUCCCCUCCAUCACCCACCCUCGCCACAUCACCCACGGGAUCUUACGGAUAUCAUCUGUACCUGUUUAUAUAUACGUCUCCUGCUCUUGCACAGCCGCCCACUCAUCACUCCCCAGGACGCCGCUCUCCCUCGCUCUUCCGUCAGGAAGAAGCUUAAGAGGCUCCUGUGCACCACUAACGCCUCUUCAACCCCCUCGCUUCGUCGCCACUUUGCACGCGGCAGGGCCCUGGCUUCAUCACAGCCCCGGCGCCCUCCUCCGGUCUCCGUCAAAGGCCAGACCGGCUAUCUUCGCUAUCUUCAACAUCCCAUUUGCGUCCUUGUGUCGGCCUCUCCGCUGAUGAUCGAUAUGCACACAGCGGCAAGCAGAGGACUCGAGUAGCAGGCAGCAGCUCCCCCACAUACCGGGCACCACGUCGACCCACCGCAGGCUUUGUUGUGGCUUGGUGGGGAGGCCGCUUUAUCAGAGGCGGGGACGCACACUGCCCUCCGAUAAGCCUCUCAUUCUUCCCGGUGCGGGCGUGUUAUCACUAACUUGUACACCGCCGUGAAAAAGAACUCCCUAGCGAGGCAUCCGGCCACACAAGGCAGGGAAAAAAAGAAGCGUGAGAUUGGGAUCAAAGACUUAGUGAGGCGACUUUUGACUCGGGUGAAAAGAGUUGAGCUUUAUGGUAUCGGCAGAAGGUUGUGGUCCCGAGGAGUGACUUUAAUAGGAGGCAACUGGAACCUUUUGCGGACCGACUACAGUGCAACGAGACUGGGACGCUGUUCUCAAGGGGGUCUUCGUCGCUUCUGUGCGCGCAAAGGAGUGAGUGAGAGAUAGAAAACGGAGAUAAACGCAGUGAGGGACGUAGUUACCACCGGUUUUCUUGUCGAGCCUUGGGAGUUAUCGCGCGAUCGGCCGUAAACCCACAAAAAAUAAUCACGUGUCAACAUACAACUACUAUUUCAUACUUCAGGGAGACAAUCGGGAGUCGUGUUUCAGGUCCCGGAGCCAAGAUAACCGGCAUUACAGUAAUCGUUUCUACAUGCUAAUCGGCGGCCGCUGAGGGACUGACUACCUGGAGUGCUACAGCAAGGCGACACUCCCUCCCUCCCUCCCGCGCCCACCCCUGCAGCUGGUGCCUCGUAGUGUGUGAGCGAGGCAGGUUUUGUGUGUCAUCUUACUCGGGAAUCUCCUCAAGGUUGUAAACUCUAGGUCCUAAGAGAAUAGUAUUAAGGAACUUUUAUAAUCACCACAGCAACACAAACCCUUAUAAGCUGUACUGUAAACCCUUAUGCAAAUUACCUCCUGUUUACUCCGCGACGUUUUUUAGAGAUAAGAAGUGUUUGUGUUGUUCCCCGGGAAACACUUGCCGCGGGAAACGUGACUACACUUAGAACGAGGCGCCUAGCGACGCUUACACGUGAGCAGCGAAUCAUAAAUCUCUGAGGUGAUUUGUACCUGCCCGCGGCGUGACGUGAGGUCUACCUGUGGAAAGGAGGAAGGAAGGAGGUGCGACCCCGGGCGCGCCAGAAGCCUACACAAACACUCAGAGCAAACACUCGUUCCUCCAGGCUCCCAGCGCCCCCCGUCGGCCCCACACGCACCCCGGCUGCCCCAAGACCGCUGUUCAAGCCCCGGGGUGAAGGGCAGCAAUAAAUCACACACCUGUGCACAUAUUUUGGUGGGUGAUGUGUUUGUUGGCCCGCCAGCUGUUAGUGACGGUGUCUGCCACACUCACCACCUGAACAAACACGCCGCGUCUGGGUAUUGUGCUGUUUGGGCAGCGCUGUGUGCACUGUAAUACCUUGUUUGCCUCAGAGCUUAGCAAGCACUCAAGAUGAACAUGGACAGUAAGAACGGGGGCAAAUACGCCCUGAGAACCAAGUCCAUCAUCAAGAGAAUAGAAUCCGAGAAGAACAGAGCGACGACGAAGAGGAAAGAGCCGAAGGAGAAACAGAAACCGCCGCCGCUCAGCAAAUACCGCCGCAAGACUGCAAACGCGCGGGAGAGAAACAGGAUGAAGGAGAUUAACGACGCUUUUGUCAGCCUGCAGCAGUCCAUCCCGGACCUUCCCGGGGCCGACGCCGAGAAGCUGACCAAGAUCACGGUGCUGCGCCUCGCCGUCAACUACAUCAACGCCCUCGCCGGCGUUCUCAACUCCGACCCCGUCAGUGUGACCGACAUCGACGACGUGCGUGAACUGUGGUGCCUCGAAAAUGCGCACAUGGCCCGCCCCGAACACUGUGUGCGGCCAGUCAUAAGAACUAACAAGGUGCCCGGCGGCGGCGUCCCCAGCGGGGCCACCAAAAUCAAGUGUAGUGCCGGCGGCAAAAUGAACCACACGGGCGGCAACAAUGCCAACGGCAAUAACAAUAACAAAGUGUCUAAGCCGAAAUGUCCUUCCGUUGGAAAAACAGCUGACAGUAGAAACAAAAACAGUCUUGGGGGCAAAACGAUACCGAAGCGGCCGAGUAAGUCAAAGAGUAAAACGAAAGUGUGCAAGACCGCGAGCAUAGCGACGAGCAACGGCGCGUACAUCACCCUCAAGAACGUGGCGCUGCAGACGCCGCCGCACAAGCUGGGCAAGCACGCCAACAACGAGCCGCUCAUGAUGUCCAUGACGGUGAAGCGGCCGCGGCAGGACCACUACAUGGCGCCGCGCGAGGCCAAGAUGCCGCGGCUGGAGCCCCUCAUGCCCAUGACGGCCGUCAACCAGCCCAUGCUCGCCCUCACGCCGUGCCGGACGGACCUGUGCCACGUGCCCGCCUCCAUACCCGGCCACGACACACCCGAGCCCCUCGUGGGGGCCACGCCCUUCACGCCGCGUCGCUACCAGCGCGCCGGCCCCCUCACCCUCUACAGCCCCACCGAGACCACGCCCGUCAGCGUCCUGCAGGACCUCGACAGCCCCGUCGUGAGAAACGACGUACUGCUGGAGUUCCCGAGAAGCGGACGACACUUCAGCGACUCCUCCUGCGCUGACUCCGCCUUCUCCAGCGAGGGCUCGGCCCCGCCCAGCCCCAUCACCAACUUCACCUCCAUCACGCCCGCGCCGGUGCCCAUCGGGGACACCUCCCCGACCUUUUCCGUCACCUCCAGCGACUUCUCCGUGUGCGGGUCGACGUCAGACUGUGACAGCGUGCUGACGCUGGGCAGCCUGCUGGGCGAUGACCCCUUCGAGGAGGAGCUCGACCACCUGACCUCAACCUUCGCCGACGGCGACGACACACUCAACCUCUUCCUCGCAAACAAUGCAUCGAACUUUAUCUGCUCGGAGAUCGACGACUGUUAGCGCGGCGCCGCCAGCGAGGCAGCUGAGCAACAUGAUGGCGUGGAGUAAGGCAGCGUUCAGACAGCGAUCUUUGUGUGACAGACAGACACUCGGGACACGAGUCUACUUGAGCGUUCAGACAGCAAUGUUUGUGUGACAGACAGACACUCGGGACACGAGUCUACUAGCGUUGGACAGACACUUGGUGUUAAGCAUCAACUUGUUCUUGUAAGCGUUUGCAUAGCUGAAGGAAGCAGCCCUUUGUGGUGCACGUGUGUGACAGACAGCCUGUACAAUAUAAUAGAGCAUUGCAUUUGUGACUAAAAGAUAAUGUAAUGACUAUACGUAACGUAAGUAUAGAAUCCUACAUAUCAACCCCCUGUGUUCACUGUGUAUAUCAUGUGCUCUUCCACCCUGGCUUUUACUGUAAAUAUAUGUCUCUCUUUUACGAAAGUGUUUCAAUUACUGAACCACCCUCAGCUGACCCCUCUCCUAGA